AUGAUACGGCAAUAUUUAAAAUUUAGGAAGACUAUUACCAUCGUAUGUGUUUUAUCUUUGCUGUUCUUAAUUUUCCUUAUUCUUACAAAAAAUCAAAAUAGUAAUAGUAGUGAGCUAAUAAGGCACCACAAAAGACUGGAUGAUGAUUUCCAGGACAUAGGCUAUAGAGAACUGGAUGACAUACCAAAGAAAGAAAUAUAUGUUCUUGGAGAGAAGGAAUUAAAAAUGGAAUUAAGUAAUACUAUUGAGGAUAGUACUAAGCGAGAACUACGAGAAGUCAAAGCCAAAGUUGAACAGUUGGAGAAAAAGAUUGCAUUUUUAGAAGGCAGAAUCCCACAAAAGUAUCCAGAAGUCCAAUAUUUGGGGUAUAAAGAAAGAAAACGAAUAUUGGUUACAGGAGGUGCUGGUUUUGUUGGCUCACAUCUUGUUGAUGUGCUAAUGAUACAAGGACAUGAAGUAAUUGUUGUGGACAAUUUUUUCACUGGACGAAAACGCAAUAUAGAACACUGGUUUGGUCACCGGAACUUUGAAUUGAUACAUCAUGAUAUUGUGAAUCCACUAUUUGUUGAGGCAGAUGAAAUUUACCACUUAGCUAGUCCAGCAAGCCCACCGCAUUAUAUGCAAAACCCAGUUAAAACAAUUAAAACAAACACUUUGGGCACCAUUAACAUGUUAGGUUUAGCCAGAAGAGUUGGCGCUAAGAUUUUAAUAGCAAGUACUUCUGAGGUAUACGGAGAUCCCAUGGUACACCCUCAACCUGAAUCUUAUUGGGGUCAUGUCAAUCCUAUAGGUCCCCGAGCAUGUUAUGACGAAGGUAAAAGAGUGUCCGAAACAUUAGCUUAUUCUUAUGCCAAACAAGAGAAGGUAUCUGUAAGAGUAGCAAGAAUCUUUAAUACCUAUGGACCAAGGAUGCAUGUAUCUGAUGGACGUGUCGUGUCAAAUUUUAUUAUGCAGGCAUUGCAAAACCUAACCAUUACAGUUUAUGGUAAUGGAAAACAAACCCGCUCUUUUUGUUAUGUAUCAGAUCUAGUUGAUGGACUUUUAGCAUUGAUGGCGUCUAGUUAUUCCUUGCCUGUUAAUAUUGGAAAUCCUGUAGAACACACUAUAGAAGAAUUUGCAGUUAUAAUAAAAAAUCUAGUCCCUGGAUGUCGCAGCACAGUUGCGACCGGCGCUGCAGUAGAGGACGAUCCGCAACGUCGCCGUCCUGAUAUUACAUUGGCUAAGAAUCAAUUACAUUGGUCGCCUAAGGUUUCUCUACAGGAUGGUCUUCAGAGAACAAUCGACUACUUUAAAGAGGAAUUAUCACGUACAACAUUUUACAACAAUCAAACAUACAUAGAUUUCAAAGUCAAGACUUCUCAUUAA